GUCCAUUAAAACCCAACAGUCUGCGCGGAUCAAUUGAAAAACUCGAGGAAAGCUAGGUUAAGUGAGUAUAGUCGGAGAUCGUUUCUGAAAAGCACGGAGAAGAAGACCACAACAAAUCAAUACCCCUAAUUUCUCAGCAGAUGGUUGAUAAUAUAUAGAUUGGAAUUUCUGGUUGAACAUACCAUCAAGCUUUAGUCAUGGUGGGUUGGCACCGACAUCUGCAGUCAAUAAUUCGACAGGUUGGAAAAAGAGUGGAGCACAAUUGCAAUGCUUCUGUCAAUACUGCUUUUUAUCACUCCAAGUCUUCCUUGAUAUAUGGAGAUUUGCCAUGUUUACAUAGCCUUCAGGGUCCAUCUUCUGCAACCUAUUCAAGGCCUUUAUAUAACUGUUUUCAGCACAUGGGAUUCACGAGUUCAAGGAUUUUACUUGCAAAUUCUUCAGAUGAAACACCAAUACCUUCUCCACUGACGCCACAGUUGGCAUUAACCAGUGGCAAAUCUGAAUCCCAGGAAGUCGCCACCACCAAACCUUCAAAAGUUCAAGCAGUUCUGAAGAACAUAAAACAGAGUCCUAAGAAGGUGAAUCUUGUAGCUGCAUUGGUCAGGGGAAUGCGUGUUGAAGAUGCAUUGCUGCAAUUGCAAGUCACUGUAAAGCGAGCUUCAAAAACAGUAUAUCAGGUUAUUCAUUCAGCACGGGCAAAUGCAACCCACAAUCAUGGAUUAGAUCCAGAUCGUCUUCUCAUUGCGGAGGCACAUGUUGGAAAGGGAUUCUUCAAGAAGAGAAUUAAUUACCAUGCUAGAGGAAAAUGUGGGCUUAAAGUGAGACCAGAGUGUAGAUUGACUGUGGUAGUACGGGAAAUAACCCCAGAAGAAGAGGCUGAGAUUGCAAGGCUAAGGGUGAAAAACUUUGUUAAGCUCAGCAAGAGGGAGAGGCGGUUAGUUCCUCACAAGCUUAUUGAGACUACUCCAAUUUGGGACCGCAAGGGCAAAGCUAAAUUGCAAGGUUAAUGGCCAUGUAGAAGGUGGUGUGGCCUGGCAUUUUUUUUUCCCUUAAACACAACUGUUGCUGAAUUAUUGUUUGCCCAAAAAUUAGGUGACUGAGCAUUAUAUAUGAAGGAUAUUUAUUAAGGAAACUUGAUGAAAAUAAGACGAGUCUGUGUUCAUGUA